AUGAAUUGUCGAAAUCCACAGAAACGAAUGCAAUCACAGUUUUCGACUAUCAGAAAUAUCUGUGAUCGAUUUUUAAAUUCCGCGGAUAGCGAAGAAACACGACAGUUUAGAAUCACUCUUCAACGUCUUCGAAAUAUUAAGGAUCGAUUUCAAAAUAAAGAACAACUAAAGCUAGCAAGAACAAUGACUGAUAAAUUGAUCACAAUGCCGAAUCGAUUGGAAAUUCGGGAAUUAACACUGUACGAAUAUCAACAAUACGAAGCGAUAUUCCAAAAUUACACACAAUUAGUGGAUUUGAAUAUUCAGGAAAUGAAGGAAACAAGAGAUUGUAGUCUCUAUUCUCCACUUCUAAAACCACCAUCAUUUUCUGAUCGAUUUAUGAACGAAUACUGGAUUGAAUGUGAUAAUGAAAAGAAGAAGGAAUUGGAAGAUAUCAGUGAUUCCGAACGUUUCAUUUGCUUCAUCGAAAUGAAUUCUGAUGAGAAGACGUUGAAAUGUGAUCAUUUGUGCUUCGAAUUGGCUCCAAAUCCAUCAAUCAUGUCCACACUGUCGAAGAGAACAGUUGGAUCCUGA